UCCAGAUCACUCUUUCUCUCUCUAUAAUCGCGUUAAUGGCGGCCAGUUCGAUUCUGAUCUUCUUGAUUUCGAUUCUAUUCAUAUCAAGUACCUUCUUCUGCUAUACAACAGCAACUGUUUCCAAGUCUGAAGAUUCCGAUAUUGAUGAAGAUCUCAAGUUUCUGGAAGAAGACAGCUCCGUACCAGAUCUACAUCAGUUCGGAGGUUCUGAUUUAGGAGACUUCGACAACUAUGACGACCUUGAGGAAGAGGGAGCCGCCGAUUCUGAGGACGAUUCGUAUUCACCGCCGAUCGUUGACGAGAAGGAUGUGGUGGUUCUGAAGAACUCAAACUUCACCGAUUUCAUUGCGAAUAAUCAUUAUGUGAUGGUGGAGUUCUACGCUCCUUGGUGCGGCCAUUGCCAGGCAUUGGCGCCGGAAUUCGCUUCUGCUGCUACUGAGUUGAAGGGCGAAGUUGUGUUGGCGAAGGUGGAUGCGGCAGAAGAGAGCGAACUGGCGCAGAAGUACGAGAUUCAGGGGUUUCCAACCAUAUAUUUCUUCAUUGACGGUGUUCAUAAGGAUUAUUCUGGCCAGAGGAACAAAGAUGCUAUUGUAUCUUGGGUGAAGAAGAAGACCGGCCCUGGAAUCCACAACAUUACAACUAUUGAGGAAGCAGAACGCAUAUUGAAGUCUGAAGCCAAAGUAGUCCUGGGAUUCAUUGACAAUUUGGUGGGAACUCAAAGUGAGGAGCUUAGUGUUGCGUCAAGGCUAGAAGACGAUGUCAACUUCUAUCAAACAGAUAGUCCGGACAUUGCGAAGCUUUUCCACAUUGAUCCCCAAGCCAAACGUCCGGCUUUGGUGAUGAUUAAAAAGGAAGCUGAACAAAUUAGCCAUUUCGAUGGUGAAUUUUCCAAGUCAGUGAUAGCAAGUUUUGUAUUUGAGAACAAGUUUCCACUAGUGACCAUUUUCACCAGGGAAGUUGCUCCUCAGAUAUUUGAGAAUCCAAUUAAGAAGCAGUUAUUGCUUUUUGCUGCUUCAAAUGAGUCUGAGAAAAUUUUGCCUAUCUUCCAAGAGGCAGCAAAAUCUUUCAAAGGAAAAAUCAUCUUUGUUUAUGUUGAAUUGGACAAUGAAGAUGCUGGCAAACCAGUUGCAGAUUAUUUUGGUGUUACUGGGGAUUCUCCAAAAGUUCUUGCUUACACUGGUAAUGAUGACAGCAGAAAGUUUGUGUUGGAUGGUGAAUUGACUCUAGAAAGCGUUAAGUCAUUUGGAGAUGAUUUUCUUGAGGACAAACUCAAGCCUUUCUUCAAGUCAGAUCCAAUUCCAGAAAACAAUGAUGAAGAUGUAAAAAUAGUUGUUGGCCUAAAUUUUGAUGAAAUUGUUCUCGACGAGUCGAAGGAUGUUCUUCUAGAGAUAUAUGCUCCAUGGUGUGGACAUUGUCAGUCACUGGAGCCAAUAUACAACAAACUGGCCAAGCAUUUGAAAGGCAUUAAUUCACUUGUUAUUGCCAAGAUGGAUGGUACCACAAACGAGCACCCAAGAGCCAAGCCUGAUGGGUUCCCGACGCUUCUCUUCUUCCCAGCUGGAAAUAAGAGUUUUGAACCAAUAACGGUUGAGACAGAUCGAACAGUGGUGGAAUUCUACAAGUUCAUCAAGAAGCACGCUGCAGUGCCAUUCAAGCUCCAAAAGCCAGAGAAAGACACAGCAGCAGUUGAUGGCUAUGUGAAAGAUGAAUUGUAAAAUGGUGCCUGUUCAGGUAUCUCAAUAUAUUUUUUUACCAUGUACUUUAAUUACUACUUCAUAGGCAGCAGUAUCAAGGGCAGGGAGAGGAAUUGUAACACAAAAACUUAUAAGUUACUGACAGUUUUUACUUAGCCUUAAAUGAACUUUUUAUCUCAUGCAAUAAAAGUUGUCAACCAUG